CGCUAACUGGUUGCCAUGGCGCUAGGUCAUGUGACAGCAAACGUCCAGCGACUGUCAUGGCGGCGCCCUGCGGUACUUCAUGACGCCACUUCCGGGACAGCAGAACAGGGCAGCAUGGAGUUAUUCGUCAGGGGCACAAGGCCGUUGCUGAAAGGAAUCUGUGCGCUGGCCCAGCUCAGAAAUGUGCACCGCGGCCCUCCAGUGCUUUCUCCUCUCGUCCCUAUUGUCGUGGAGCAGACGGGCCGUGGUGAGAGAGCAUACGAUAUAUACUCCAGGCUACUGCGAGAGCGCAUCAUCUGCGUGAUGGGACCAAUUGACGACUCCUUGUCCAGCCUUGUGGUUGCACAGCUGCUGUUCCUGCAGUCAGAGAGCAAUAAGAAGCCUAUACACAUGUACAUCAAUAGCCCAGGGGGCUCCGUUACAGCCGGCUUAGCCAUAUAUGACACAAUGCAGUACAUUCUGAAUCCCAUAUGUACAUGGUGCGUGGGACAAGCAGCGAGCAUGGGGUCCCUACUUCUGGCUGCUGGAUCCAGCGGGAUGAGACACUCUCUGCCAAACUCCAGAAUCAUGAUCCACCAGCCCUCUGGGGGAGCCAGGGGUCAGGCCACAGACAUUGCUAUCCAAGCAGAAGAAAUCCUGAAGCUAAAGAAGCAGAUUAAUGAAAUUUACGCAAAACACACGCGUCAGCCGCUCUCUGUUAUUGAGUCAGUAAUGGAGAGGGAUCGAUACAUGAGCCCUACAGAAGCCCAGGAAUUUGGAAUUCUGGACAAGGUAUUGGUGCACCCCCCUCAAGAUGGCGAGGACGAACCAGAGCUGGUCAUAAAGAAGGAGAACCAGACACCCCCAACUGAACCCUAGAAGAAGGGGAACAGCCUGUAAUCCUAUUUCCAUCUGAUCCUGGAGCCAACGGGGUUAAAUUUGCUGCAGCCUCUCCCUUUUAAUUCCAGGAAAUUGCCCAGACAAUCGUGACUUUGAAAACCGUUUAAAUUCGGAGCAAGGUCAAUCGAGUGUAUUAUUGUUAUAUCUGGCCCUACAAACAAUGUGCCAAGCUGGGAAGGACUGGAGCCCAUUGCUGCCCCCUGGUGGCAGAAAGUAUGUAAAACCCAGAAUCCAAUAUCUAGAAUUGUAUCAAAGAGGCAUUAAAGCGAAUAUUCAUCUUUUGCAGUCCUGGUGGAAAUAUAUAUUACUAAUUAGUAAUGCUUAAUGUUCCCUCCAGUCAUUAAAGGGGUUGUUUGCCUUUACAGUAACUUUAAGCAUGUUAUAGAGAACAAUUUGUAAUUGGUCUUUGUUUUGUAUUAUUUGCAGUUUCUGAGUUAUUUGGCUUAUUGUUCAGCAGCUAUCUUGUUGCUAGGGCCCAAUUUAACCUAGCGACCAGGCAGUGGUUUGAAAGAAAGACAGGUGUAUGUCCUAAAUAGAAAGAUAAAUAAUAAAAAGUAACAAUAACAGUACAAUUGUAGCCUCACAGAGCAAUAGAUUUUGGCUUCUGGGGUCAGUGACCCCCAUCUGAAUGCUGGAAAGGGUCAAAUAUAAAAGAAAAUAAAGACCAAUUGAAAAGCUGCUAAGAAUAGGCCAUUCUAUAACAUGCUAAAAGUUAACCUGAAGGGGAACCACCCCCUAUAGAAGUUGGGAUUGGUAUCUCCAAGCAAUUGGGUUAAUGGGAUUUUAAGGACCUGUUCUGACACACAAUGUGCCCCUUUUUUCUCAGUGGAUAUUAAAUAGGUUUGUGAUGGAAUAAAGCUAUUUUGACACAUG